UUUGUCAGCCCCAGCUGUCAGCUUUGCCUGAAACUGUAGCCUGACCUGCAGCCGUCUCCGUGCAGCUAUGGCAUCAAGUGAGGAGGACGGGUCUCUGGAAGAGAAGGAAAACUCCAGGAAAAAGACCAUCGGUCCUGUGGCCACAGCAUGGCUCACCUUCUACAACAUUGCCAUGACUGCCGGGUGGCUCGUCCUCACGAUUGCUAUGUGUCGGUUCUACAUGGAGAAGAGAACACACAAAGGGUUGUACAAGACUAUUCAGAAGACACUUAAAUUUUUCCAGACGUUUGCAUUACUUGAGUUGGUCCACUGCGCACUUGGACUAGUGCGCACAUCGGUGCUAGUAACGGGGGUCCAAGUCAGUUCAAGAAUCUUCAUGGUUUGGUUUAUUACCAACAGCAUUAAACAGAUCCAGAAUGAGCAGAGUGUUCUACUCUUCUUGGUGGUGUGGACUAUCACAGAGAUCACUCGAUAUUCCUACUACACCUUUAAUCUUCUCAACCACUUGCCGUACUUCAUUAAAUGGGCCAGGUAUAAUUUAUUUAUUGUCUUGUAUCCUGUUGGUGUAGCUGGUGAACUCUUAACAAUUUAUGCUGCUUUGCCAUAUGUGCGGAAGACCGGGAUGUACUCUCUGAGACUUCCUAACAAAUACAAUGUUUCCUUCGACUACUACUACUUCCUGAUCGCUGUCAUGUGUUCCUAUAUACCACUGUUCCCCCAGCUAUAUUUCCAUAUGCUUCGUCAGCGAAGAAAAGUUCUGCACGGAGAAGUCUUUGUUGAAAAGGACGAUUAACACAAGACAGACACACAAUCUAUAGGAGCUUCUUACUGAAGGAAUCUAUCAUUGGCAGAGCCAUUUGCUGCAAGGACCUGCUGGUUUAAAAUCCUGGAUAACCUCGUACUCCAUAAAAUAGCAAAAUUGUGGGAUUAUCAUUGCCAUCUGCGUGUCUUUUGAUCCCUCAUUCUGUGUACACAACUUUUUUUUUUUAUAGGUAAAUAUCAAGACCGACAUUGACUCAUGUUUUCAUUGGGUUUUUAAGGUGCAUUGUGAUCUUUUUAUAGAGAGAAUGAAGACAAAAAUGGAACAACAACAA